CUUUUCGCUACGUCAGGAUGCAGGGAAAUCCCCGCCGGACUCCCGCUUUUAGCGCCGCGCUCCGCCCCUGUGUUUGCAAACCGCUGCUGCCACCGACGAGAGAGGAGCCCGGGCGCCCCGUGCCCCGCCGAACCGAGCCCGGGCGCUCCGUGCCCCGCCGAACCGAGCCCGGGCGCCCCGUGCCCCGCCGAACCGAGCCCCGCCGCGAUGAUGCCUGGCCGGACCCUGCGCAAAGCCUCGCCGCCCGCCGCUCCUGCAGGGAGCGAGGCGGCGGCGGACUGCGCCCUGGAGCUGGCCCGCAUCGGCGACAGAUGGCACCUGCGGCAGAGGUUCCUGAACCUGGUGGCCAAGUGGUUCUGCCCCGAAACGUGGGCUGCCCGCGGACACGGCGAGCGGAACAGAAGAGGACCUUGGCUUUGUGGGUUUGGAAGAAAAGGGUCCACGGACAGUGGGAGAUGAAGACACCUCAAAUCUUGCUGCGUUGGGUUUAGCUGUCUGUAGCUGCCGGAGGAUGACUAUCACAUAAUUUGUCUGAAGAAAGUUACAGCAACACUGGGGCAUGAAUGCCAAGUGGGAAAUAGAUAACGAUGGGCAGAGCCCCUAAACUGUGCAGUGGUGACUUGGGGCAACCUGGUGAUGUGGGGAGACUUGGGGCAAGACUGAACUUGCCCUUCACCAUGGUCUGAGAACACUUUCAGGAACCUGCUUUCCUCAGUCACCCUCCGGUCCUCAUGUCCCAUAGCUGUAUUUCACCGAGGAGUUCAGCCCACCUCCAGGAUGAAGCCAAAAAAGUUGUCAGUGUGUUGGAACUUGGGAUCACAAACCGCACAGGAAAAGCCAGUUGCUGGAUUUUUGACUGCUUCUCUUUUCUAAAGUAUGGAUCCCGCUGGACAGGGAUCUGGUGGUGGGAGUUAAUAUUAAAGACAACCACUAUCUUUAUUGAAAGAAUAUUUGUUACAAGAUGUUCUAUUGCAGACUAAAAGUUGUAGUUCUAUGAAUUAACACAGUGUUGCAUAGUUCUAGUCUAUAUUAUAAAUAUAUAGCGUAAGUUCAUAUAUAUAGUAUGUAUACAUAAAAUAUAAAUGUGUGCACUGCUAGUGCAUGUCAUGAGUAUUUAACAGAACUAUCAAUUGAGAGCUAUUUGCUUAAUCUCAAAACACUGUAUGAAAAAAUGUUCAAAACAUGACAAAACUCAAUAUAAACCAAAAAAAGGCUUAGUAUUUUCUGAUGAUAAUGGAAAUAAAUCAUGCUUCUGAGAGGGAAGCAUAUUUUGGCAUUAUGUAAGAUAUGUAUCAAUAUAUAUUACACAAACAGAUACUGAGGUAAUUGUGGAAGGAUUCUUUCAAUAUUACAAUGAUUUUCUUGAUAACAGAACAAUUCUGCUGUGUCUUUUUAAGUAACAAAGUAACUUCAAUAGAAGUAGAUCCUAAAGUUGAAUCUCAAGUUUUGCUGAGAAUAUUAUUUAUUCAAAGAAAGCAGCUACCUCUCUUUGAAGAAAUAAUAUCAAUAGAAUUGAGCUUUCAGUGGUACAAGAAAGUAGCCUUAGACUUUUGAAUGUUUAAUUAUAGUUAUGGGCAAAGGUUAUUCCCUUGUACUUCAUUUCCAUUUCAUUUCAUGGCCUCCUCAUUUCAGUUCCAGAAUGGUGGAGCUACUGCAGCACAUCCAAUGGAUGGUGAUGCACCAUCACCACUGAGGGGUUACAUGGGAAUGACCCAUCUCACUGAGGGGAUAUUACCUUUGGAUGGCUUCAGAAGAGCCGAAUUAAACAUGUUGGUUGCUGUCAAGGCAAGACAAACAGUAACUUUGCUAGUGAAUUCAUGUCAAGCUCCAUCCUAAACAGUAUUUUUCAUGGGUCCAAGAUAGCAAGAAAAAAGGCUGAAGCUGUUCCAUAGCUACCUCUAAGGUCACUGGUCAGAGUUUCUUCCCUUAACUAACCUUGUAUAUAAGUACAUUUGCAUUUUAUAGGGCUGUAUAGUUCCACUUUGUUGUGUCAAUUCAAAUUAUGUCUUCCUCUGUCUUGUGGUGAAUUCUUGUUUGUAUUUAUAAUUUAUUUUUCUGUUAUCUCUUCUUAAUCUGCCUUUGCAAAAUUGUCAUUAUAUAACUCUCACAAACCAACGGUGCAGAGGCUGUUAUGUAUUGACACUGACUUCUGUCACUGGGCAGAAGCUGACAGACUUUGCCUUUUUUCCACAUGGAAGACUUAACCCCAUCCAUCCCGGUGCUGUUACAGGGAGCUUUGCUUUUGGCUUGAGCCACCUGCAUGCUUCCCUUUCCCUCUAAACUAGCCAGUACCUUUUCAGGGAGAACAUAAUGUCUCAAGAAUAGCUGUUAUCUUACUGCUGCAAAGGAGUGUAUUUUGCUGACAUGUACAUAGGUCAGCUUUUCAGGUACUAAACAGUAAAUGCAAAGAGUUUCAGAGCAGCAGAACACCACCUCCCAGGCAAGCACUGCAUCCAGCUGGGCAAAACUUCACCAGAGGCAGCUCCAGCUUCAAGAGAAGGGUUGCUGUAGUAUAUCCUGCACUUGGUGGAGUCUUGUAAUUUUCAUCAAGGACACUGAGCAAUGACCACUCCUGUCUGGAACUCCCAGAAGAAUUCAGCAUUAGAAUUUGCAUUAGUAUCUGAGAAGUAUGAGAAUAAAACUGUUCUGUUCAAUGAAUGCUGCUUGCAAAGUCAAGAGGAAAUGAGGUGUGGAUUUGUAGAGCCCACCCAGUUCUUCCGGCUGUAGCACAUAUGAAUAGUACACAAGAAAGUAUACUCAUAAACGGAUUGUCAUGGGGAUAUACAAGUUUAGUGUUAGCAGAGUAUUUCUCUGCCUAGUUAUGCAAAGACUAUUUGGUGUUCCUGAAAUGUUUUUGGUAUUUCUGUGCAUUGUUAAGAAUGGUAGUGUUCAACAGGAACUCAGAAAAAAGGCACAGAUGCAAGAGGUCAGUGCCAGUAUAUGACUAAGCGCUUGCUGAUGUCCACCAUAGAUUUCUUUUGUUAGCUCUGCAAAGGAUCUGCUUUAUGACUUUAUCAACAUGAGUUUGUUUUCCUUAAGGCCUGUUCUGGAUGUGUGCCAGAUGUGUUGCUGUAUGCCUCAUGCAUGUAUGUCUUGAAUUCUUGCUAAGAUAAUAAAUACAAA